UCCCUCCCCUCUAUAGCCUCCUAUAGUAUCGAUUCUGGAGAGAAAGAGAGAGAGAGAGUGGAAGACGGCGGGGAGAGAGAGUGACAGCGAAUAAGAGCGUUAUUAAGUACGGCUCCGAAACGUGGCUGCACAUCUUUCAAGGGGUCCAAAAAAGAGAAAGAGAAUAUCUUUCCUCGUUUGUCCACAGCGCAAGUUUGUUUUUGAUGGUGUGCGGUGGUGGCGGUGUCUUUUUUUGUUGUUUUGCUAUAGACUCGUGCUUUAUAAUCAAACGCGCUGUAGCCGCCGUGCUAUGCAAUGCGCUAUCGACGAUAUUUAUAAGCCGUCGGUCAAUCGAUGGCCACGCGGACAGAUUCGAGUACCAAGAAGAAGAAUCGAAAAUUAAAAAAAUAAAGUAGACGACGUAAUGUAAAUAUGCGCACAGAAUUGCCAAACGGUAAAGCGACACGUUCAUAGCGACCAGUAAUAUCGCUCGUCUCGCAACCACCCCCCCCCCCCUGCCAAGACAACCUCACAUUGUUCGGUACGAGCUCUCGGCGUGAGCCGACGGGAGUGUGGUACACACGCGCGCGCGCGCGCGGCAUAUCAUUACCACACUCGCGGUACACGUGUGCGAACGCACGUACGCACACACAGACACACACACAUAGGACACACGCACACACAGACACACACACACGCGCGCGCUACGUACCUGCGCUGGAGAACGCGGUCGCCACGUCGGACAGCUCAUUCAAGGUGGGGUGGGGGAAUGGGAGUCGGGGGGGGGAGUGAAAUCCGACGGACAAGGGGACUCGCUCACUGAGCGAUCUGCGCUCGCAAAGUCACAGGUCAAAGCGCUCAGUCAAAAGGACACCACCACGAGCAAAACCACCACCACCACAAGCACCACAACAACAACAACAGCACAACAACAUCCGGCCUGCACCCGUGUACCUUUGUACUUACAGAUCACGGCUGCAGCAAGCUCUCCAAAAGGCAGGAGGGGAGAAGGAGGCAGGGCAUGCAACUCGACAAAUAUAGCGCAAUUCACAGCACAAUUUUGGAUCCGUAUAUCGUCCGAGUAAAUUGACUUGCGAUUGAAGUUACGGCGACAGUAACUGCCAAUAAAUAGCAGCACUAAUCUUGCGCGCCCCGCGAUCUAAAGGGGACCCCGGGUCUGCAGCGUGGAGCAAAACCGCCGGGCUUGCUUUCCGCGUGCUGACGGCGCGCUCAGAAGAGAGCCGCGGGUGUCGCUACGUGACAAGCGCUGCAAUGCCCUUCCUCUGGAUCAUUUUGUGCGGCGCUUGCCUCGGUAGCCGCACCCCCUUUGUAUCCCCCGCGAACCCCGCGGCCGAGUCCCACGGUGGCGGCGAGCAGUGCCGCCUCAAGACGGUGACGGCGUCCGGAGUGCCCGCCGCGGGCGCCACCCGGCGAGACGGGCAGACUCCCGGAGGUUGGGACGCUGGCGAGAAGGUGUCUCUGGCGGUGCGAAGCGAUUUCCCGGGGGAGCUUUCCGUGGUGGACGACCUGCAGAGCUCCGAGACGCCUUACUUCGUCAUUGAAAUCUCAGGCCCCAGCGAGGAGAUCGCGCGCGUCUACUGGAAGCAGGCAUGGCUCGCGAACGGCACGUUCUACUUCCACGUGCACGCCCGCGACGCAGCCUCUGCCGCGGCAGCGCCGCCACCCCAGACUCCGUUGGGCCCUCGGGGACCCACGCAACCUACCCCGCUGGAGCACGACCGAGGUCAUAUGCUGCGCGUCUUCCUCAUGGGUGGGCUGAUCGCCCUUCUCCUCCUCGUCCUGCUCGUCAUGCUGGCUCUCUUCGCCCGUCGCCGCUGGCGUCAGCACCCGAGCAGCGGGGGCAGCAUCUGCUGCCCUCGGGGGGCUAGCGGGCAGUCCAAGAUGACCUGCCCGGCCGGCGCCGAGCUGGCCAACAACGAGAUCCACUACAUCCCGUCCGCACUGCUCGGCGGAACCCAGACGCAGGAGCGCAGGCUCGUCACCGCCGACGGCCGCACUCACAUCCAGAAGCAGAGCGCUCAGCAAACGCAGACACAAAUUCAGCAGCAGCUGCAGCAACAGCAGCCGCAGCAGCAGCCGCCGCCGCAACAAAGGCCCAUGCUCUUUUCGGCUACGCUCGGCACCAAGUGCUCGUCUACCUGCCGACGGUGCAGCCCCGAGGAGUUUGCCGGCUUCUGCCCCGCGCCCAUGGUGAACCGCCGCUCCGUGUCGGCGAUGCAGCAGCAGCAACAGCAGCAAAACCGGCCACCCCAGCGCCAGCUGCAGCACGAAGUUCCGCUGCUCUUGGGCCGCUUUGCUUGCGGCCCGGGAGGGGUGGCGGGACACCAGACGGAGCUCAGGCUGCGCCGAGAGGCAGCGUGCGAGCUCGGAAUGCGCACGCUCGCCGCGCCACAGAUGGGCAGGGCUGUCGCGGCAGCGGGAACAGACGGGGAGAAGGACCGGGAAAAUCAUUACUACACACAUCCAGCAGAGUCCCGGCCGAGCCUGCACUCCACCGUCUAACUCGCACGUGCUUAACCCACGGUCCAGAUUUAUUUAAUAGGCAGAUAGAUAGAUACGUGCGUGGAGAGAGCGAGCACGUGCUGUACGUGUCGGUGCUGAUUACGCUUGGUCAAUGUCAUUAUUACCACGGAAUUCAAUAUCCCAUUAAGACGGGCUUGCCAGUAAAUGAUCAGUGGCAUUUUGCCUGUACGUCUUUUGGCAAAACGCAAUGGCUCACGGGUGCAUCCAGGUUCCGUCUGCCCGCCUCUCAGGUGCGGUUUGCCGUGCUUCGUGUUCAUCGUUGGAUGUUGUCAGCUUGGGCUUCUUUGAACAAUGAAUGGGGGUCCUGGCUGGAAUUGCUUGAAUUGUGUAUACACAAGGUAUGUUUCAGUGGACUGCUCCUCCGCCAUGAUAGAUACACGCGCGCGCUAUCUGUGGGAGUCAUGCUAUGGCCUCGUUAUCGCGAGGCUUAAACAAAAGUAUGUGUUUGGCAGCAAACCCAUCCAUCAGCAUUACUUGCGCUUUACACAUUUUAAUGCGUCCUAUCUAAUAGCGGAGGACACACGUGGUACGCCGAGGCGCUGAAUAUUUAAUUCUAAUGUUCUCGGCGCAUUAGGAAGGGAAGGCCACGUGGAUGUUUUAACUGAAACGAUAAAAUACGGAAAAUUGGGGAACAAAUACAUAAAUGGAAUCCAUCAAACCGCCGCAGAAUAAAUAACAUCAAUAUUCGGCGGACAAGGUUAUUCAGCAGGCGGGCGCGACUUGUUUUUGGUACGAGAUUUCCCGCCGUUACAUCGGCGAACGUUAAGGCAGCGUUCGGAUGGUUAGCAAAGAUGCGGUGUGACAACAGCAUUCAUCUUGGAGCCAUCAGUGGCUAAACUCGAUGCAGCACACAUCUCCCCUGUUCCAGUCCCCGGAGCCUUCCCCCCCUUUCUGCCCUCUACUCUAUAGAGGCUCUAAGAGCCAAUGUCAGAGAGCAGAUUCCAUUCCAUCAGGUCACGGAAUCCGCACCGGGAUUAACCCUUUCACCGGUGAUACUGCGGCAGGGGACCGUGGCGUGCGGUGAUCAGCCGACAGCGGGUGAGUCAGCGGGAACCUUUGGCGUGCAGCCUCGACUCCCCCCCCCCCCCCUCCCGUGCCUGUGAACGGCUGCCACGGUUUUUAAUGGUCAGUGCGCCCGGGGCUUGCGAUCCGAUAGGUCGCUGGUUCGAUUCAACGCAACGCUAUGAGACGCCGGAUGAGUUUAACUUGACACGCAGCUUAAAUAUUACGCUCCAAGCUUGGUGGUGUUUCAUUCUUCACCUGAGGACGGCUGCUUUGCUUUGUGGCCGAAACGUCGUGAGAAUUGUUUUAUUAUGUUUUAUUUUUAUUAUUUUAUUACUUCCCUUCUACGUGACUUUACCGAAAGAACCAAGAAGAUGAAUCCCUGCAGUCACGAAAGCUUUAAAUCGAAAUGUGACACGCAGUGCUUUCGCGAUCGAUGUUAUGGCUCACGAUUCGGUUAUUUUGGGUGACAUCAUCGCGUGGAUAUAAUGUCAAUGUUAUAACUAUAACGCUCCACCACCUGACAGAGCCAAUCAACGUGAUUUGAUGGACUCUGUCAAAUGGGUGAUGGAGGGUUAAAGUAAAAAAAAUAGAUAUAUACUUCGUGUAAGAAAAUUCUAUUAUACCUACACGAUCUAACACAAAAAUAAACUAUAUUCAUGAAUCAAUGGGUAAGCUUCCUAAAUCCCCCCACCUCUGUCCACCCAGCAGUAUAAAUGGCUGCAGCACAGUGAGUUCGAUCAGCAGGUCACGUGUGACAAGGAAUAACAAACAAAAACAACUUGGGGUAGGUAAUUCACAACCUCUCUGAAGAUGUCUGGCCGGCUUGGAAGAGUAGACCAAAUUUCCCGGUCUGUAGAGCAGCCCUCUUGAGCUCAAGUUUGAUGCCCUCCCGCCAGAAAGUCUAUGUGCAGGGCUGCACGUCCACCUCCAUGUUCGCUCCCGUUGCGCGAGGGAGUGAUUAUCGUUGGCCGUGUCAACCAAAACCCUGGCGCCAAACAAAGCCACCGCUUCCAAAUUGACGCGCUUCGUCUGUCUGCUGUCGUUUUUGCGUUGCCGUUUGAGUUGUCCCAAUUGUCGCGGUCACGCUCUCAAAAGUUUGCGAUCCCCCCAGAGGGGGGUGGGCGGUGCUUGGAAGGCUCAUAUUUAGAGCAAUCAGCUUCCUAACCGGCCUGAUCGCUAGUUUAUUGCCAUUCUUUAAUUGCUGAACAAAAAGUGACACUGAGGCACAAGCCGCGCUGAUAUUGCAUUUUAAAAUGUCAACAGCUGUUAUUGUUAUGGAUUUUUAAGCAGCCUCAACAGAGUGCUUGUUGUUUUUUGUUCGUUGCUGUUCCAGGUGCCGACCACGGUGAGAGCUUUUGGUCAAUUUUAAAUAUCCCAAUGACAUUUUUUUGCCAAAACAUUGUAUUAAGUGUCCAUUAUUCACCACAACAGCCGGUCAGAAUUUGUAUUCAACUGCGUGAAGAAGUGCUCACGUGGAAAAUGCCUUUGCAAGAAUUCAAAAUAAACUAGCACAUCACUUGG